CUGUUUUGAAUGGAAGCCGGAAGUUGAGAUGAGGUCGGAGGUCGCCAAGCCACCUCUUUGUCAAGCUGUGAUCUUUUCAUCUGGUCAAUGACGUUACUCUCAGCACAUUUUGGUGUGGCGUUUCAAGUCUUUCAGAGCAUGGAUUCAAUGUAAACUCAUGUUCAAAGGGUGUUGAAGCGAGGUACACCCUGACGCUGCAAACAGGGCUUCCCACCUACUGUGCCUGGGAUACCAUCAAAUGCUCCGAAUACGUUGCCACUAGAUGUCAGACAUGAGUCAUUCCAAUGAGGAUGCUCCUCCAGCCAACACCAUGCAGCAAAAGAGGAACAUCCAGAUCAUCGAGUGGGAGGACUUGGACAAAAAGAAAUUCUACUCUUUUGGCAUGUUCAUCACCUUGAGCAUUAGGGUCACAGUCUACCCGGCCACCCUAAUCCGGACUCGGCUGCAGGUGCAGCGUGGCAAAUCGCUUUACGCCGGCACCUUUGAUGCCUUUGUUAAGAUCUUGCGGGUGGACGGCGUUCGGGGCCUGUACCGUGGCUUCAUGGUCAACAGCUUCACCCUCAUCUCUGGCCAGGCGUACAUAACCACCUAUGAGCUGGUGAGGAAGUACGUCUCCAAGUAUAGCAAUGACAACACGGUCAAGUCGGUGGUGGCGGGCGGCCUGGCUUCCAUGGUGGCUCAGAGCAUCACUGUCCCCAUAGAUGUGGUGUCACAGCAGCUGAUGAUGCAGGGCCAAGGGGCGCACCUCAGCCGCUUUCACCCUAAUGCCUGCAUGGAGGCCGGCAAGCCCAAAACAGUGUUCGGCCAAACCAGGAGCAUAGUGGCCCAAAUAUUUGCUGCGGAUGGUUUUCCGGGUUUCUACAGAGGAGCCCUUGCUUCUUUACUCACCUACAUCCCAAACAGUGCUGUAUGGUGGCCUUUUUAUCAUUUUUAUGCAGAACAGCUGUCAAAUCUGGCCCCCUCUGGCUGUCCUCAUCUGGUCCUACAGGCCAUGGCAGGUCCACUCGCCGCGGCCACUGCGUCCACAGUCACCAACCCCAUGGAUGUCAUCAGAGCUAGAGUGCAGGUUGAAGGUCGCAAUUCAAUCACAGAGACCUUCAGACAGCUUAUCAAGGAGGAGGGCUUCUGGGGAAUGACCAAAGGGCUGUCGGCCCGGAUCAUUUCAUCCACCCCCACCGCCAUCGUCAUGGUGGUGGGCUAUGAGAGCCUCAAAAAACUAAGUUUGCGGCCGGAGCUUGUGGACUCCAGACACUGGUAGAAACAAGCCAUCGCAUGCAUCAUGUCAGCGCUGAGCCAACGAGGGCAUGAACUGAUUCAGAAGGACUGUAGUAACCAUUGGGACACACUCCUGUGCUGGUGAAGAGUAAAGAAGAAGAAUUUUAAGAUUGGACAUAAAAAUAAGAAUACUUUGCAUUUUUAUUUUAUUUUUUAAUAAUAGAACACUUCGGAAAUGAUUGCAACUUGAUUUUAUUUUCUGCUUCUGAGCAUGAACUACAUUUAUAAGGAGAGUUGUUCUUUGCUGUAAACGUACAGCAAAUUGUGGGCCUACAUUCAAACCUGACGAGAUGGCAAAUUCCAUACAACUGAAAAACAUAAUUUGUCAUCUAAAAUAUUUUAUGGCUUUAAGCACAAAAAAAAUGGUGCAUUUAUUGUUGGUCUUAAAAGAAUCUAUCAUGCAUAAUUAAUUUCUAUUGUAUUUUGGUGUUGCUGUUUUUUGAAAAUGGGUUGUUAACAACUCACAACUUGUCAUUUACAUUUGUGAUUUUUGUGCACAAUUGUCUAAAAUGUUUUUUGGGGACAGUGGCAAUUUUAACACUCUACUGUAUAUUGAUGAGGUGUAUGUAAUCAUGUAAAUCAUAGGAUUUAAUUAAUGAAAUUUCCUGUAAUGAAUUUAUCAAGAAAUGUGAUAACAUUUUGAGGAUUAUUUGACAUUUUAUUGGGAUAAUGCAUUAUGAAAAAUGUAUAUUUGAAUUCUGAACACUGCAUUAGAAACAUUGCAAUGUGGUCUCUGAUAUAUUAUCUACAGAUUCUCUGCACGCUCGCACUUCGACAACAAUUCACUUUUGUCCGGACUACUGAAUAUGGUACAGUCCUUAUGUUGAAUCGUGCCUCAGAAGCCAUUAAUCAUUACAUCAUGAAAUCGGUUUUCUUUUGAGUGUCUAUGCAUCAAUUUCUGCGUCAAAGGUACCCUUUGCUAAACUUGAAGUUUUCAUUGAGUUACCAAAUCUCAAAUAAAAACUACUGUAAACUAUUUUAUUAACCAUUUGGGUAAAUAAGGUUUUUUGAAGGGUUAGGUAACAAGUGUAUGAAAUAUAACCAGCCAAUUACCCACAGAUUUAACAGAAGUGAUUAUCUAUCUGUCAUUUUUCUCAUGUGUCUGUCAUGUCAAUACAACAUUAUGUAGAUUGUGCAUUUAUAAUUAUUGCAUCCAGAAAUGUUCAAAUUGAGAAAUAUACUGAAGCACAUUACUUCCUAAUGCUUCUUCGAAUGUCAAAUUGUAAAAUGCAUUGACUCCUCCUCGCCUCACUGAGACAGUUCAAAUUUGUAUGUGAAAGGUGAUUUUAUUUUCAGUUCUCAUUCCUCUCCAAUACGAUCAUGAGCUUACUAAUGAGUAAGUAAUUCAUGAUGCUGAAUGGUCUGUCACAAAUGGAAGGUGGUGGUCUAACAAGUUUGUUAAGCACUGUUUAUGUCUAUGUUUUGGGAACACAUAUUUCAAUAAGUUUGGCUCCUCUAGAGCAAGUACAUUUGAAUUGUGUCUUGUACUGUAAAGGCCUGGGAAACUAUGGUCAAAAAUGCCCUGUGUUGAAGUGUGAAGCACUAAUACAAAUUUUGGCUCACAACACAAAGCAGAUAAUAAAUAAAUAAAAAUGUGAAAGUGCCACUAUA